CUCUGGGAAGAGGAAGAAGAACAUUCGCCCUCCUCCUACCAGCGCGCGGGCGGCGGCGGCGGCGGCACCGGGGUCACGAACUCUGACCUUUCACUGACAAAAACAAUAACAAACCCCUCCUUCCCCGCGACCCCGGCGGCGCCUCCGGGCCCGCCCUCGCCGCCCCACUCCCACCUGGGCGUCUCGUCUCUCGCCCGCUGACCUGCGAGCCCGCGGCCCCGGGGCUCCCGCCAUCCGCCGACGCCGGGAAGCCGGCCUCCCCGCGCCCUGCCCUCCGCGCCGGGGGCCGCCCGCCGCAGACACGGGACCUGCUUCGAGGUCGCUUUGGCGCCAAAUCCUGAGGUUCUCUAAUGAUCUUGCUUCACCAUGGCUACAAAUAUGGAGGGGCUGGUUCAGCACAGAGUGGGGACCCAGCAGGUGGCUGAGGUACCACGUACACAGACUUCUCGGCCGGAAUCUCCAGGGAUGACCAGCCCCUCCCCGCGCAUCCAGAUAAUCUCCACUGAUUCUGCGGUAGCCUCACCUCAGCGCAUUCAGAUCGUGACAGACCAGCAGACAGGACAGAAGAUCCAGAUAGUCACCGCAGUGGACGCCUCCGGAUCCCCCAAGCAGCAGUUCAUCCUGACCAGCCCAGAUGGAGCUGGAACUGGGAAGGUGAUCCUGGCUUCCCCGGAGACCUCCAGUGCCAAGCAGCUCAUAUUCACCACCUCGGACAACCUCGUCCCUGGCAGGAUCCAAAUCGUCACGGACUCUGCUUCUGUGGAGCGUCUUCUGGGGAAGGCCGACGUCCAGCGGCCCCAGGUGGUAGAGUACUGUGUGGUGUGUGGCGACAAAGCCUCAGGCCGUCACUAUGGGGCUGUCAGUUGUGAAGGCUGCAAAGGUUUCUUCAAAAGGAGCGUAAGGAAAAAUUUGACCUACAGCUGCCGGAGCAAUCAAGACUGCAUCAUCAAUAAACACCACCGGAACCGCUGUCAGUUUUGCCGGCUGAAAAAAUGCUUAGAGAUGGGCAUGAAGAUGGAAUCUGUGCAGAGUGAACGGAAGCCCUUUGAUGUGCAGCGGGAGAAACCAAGCAAUUGUGCUGCUUCAACGGAGAAAAUCUAUAUCCGGAAGGACCUGAGAAGUCCUCUGAUAGCCACACCAACAUUUGUGGCAGAUAAAGAUGGAGCAAGACAAACAGGUCUUCUUGAUCCAGGGAUGCUUGUGAACAUCCAGCAGCCUUUGAUACGUGAGGAUGGUACGGUUCUCCUGGCCACAGAUUCCAAGGCUGAAACAAGCCAGGGAGCCCUGGGCACACUGGCAAAUGUAGUAACUUCCCUUGCCAACCUAAGUGAAUCCCUUAACAAUGGUGACACUUCAGAAAUGCAGCCAGAGGACCAGUCUGCAAGUGAGAUUACUCGGGCAUUCGACACCUUAGCUAAAGCACUUAACACCACAGACAGCUCCUCACCUCCAAGCCUGGCGGAUGGGAUAGACGGCAGUGGAGGAGGGAGCAUCCACGUCAUCAGCAGAGACCAGUCCACACCCAUCAUUGAGGUCGAAGGCCCCCUCCUUUCAGACACUCACGUCACAUUUAAGCUCACGAUGCCCAGCCCGAUGCCCGAGUACCUCAACGUGCACUACAUCUGCGAGUCCGCGUCCCGCCUGCUCUUCCUCUCCAUGCACUGGGCCAGGUCCAUCCCGGCCUUUCAGGCACUUGGGCAGGACUGCAACACCAGCCUGGUGCGGGCCUGCUGGAACGAGCUCUUCACCCUCGGCCUGGCCCAGUGCGCCCAGGUCAUGAGCCUCUCCACCAUCCUGGCCGCCAUUGUCAACCACCUGCAGAACAGCAUCCAGGAAGAUAAACUUUCUGGCGACCGGAUAAAGCAAGUCAUGGAGCACAUCUGGAAGCUUCAGGAGUUCUGUAACAGUAUGGCGAAGCUGGAUAUAGACGGCUAUGAGUAUGCAUACCUUAAAGCUAUAGUUCUCUUUAGCCCCGAUCAUCCAGGUUUGACCAGCACAAGCCAGAUUGAAAAAUUCCAAGAAAAGGCACAGAUGGAGUUGCAGGACUAUGUUCAGAAAACCUACUCGGAAGACACCUACCGGUUGGCCCGGAUUCUCGUCCGCCUGCCAGCACUCAGGCUGAUGAGCUCCAACAUAACAGAAGAACUUUUUUUUACUGGUCUCAUCGGCAAUGUUUCAAUAGACAGCAUAAUCCCCUACAUCCUCAAGAUGGAGACAGCAGAGUAUAACGGCCAGAUCACCGGAGCCAGCCUAUAGCGCACACCUCACACCUGCCGAGGAGCACAGGAUCCGCCCAGGACCGCUCAAAUACAAAGAAAAUAAGUAGUGGUAUUUUGGUAUGUGCAAAUAUUUCCAGUAUCUUAGCUAUUUCCUACCUGGUUUCUUCUUAUCUGUUAAUCCCAGACAGUAGCAACUAAAAGACUAGUAGGAUCCUUUCCUGCCAUAAGAAAUGUUUUAAUGCCUUUUGAUGAAGCAGCAGAUUUUGGAACAAUCUUUUAACUCAGUUUUUAUUUAGAAAUUCUCAAAGGGCAAAAAAAAAGCAAAGUUUUAUAACGUCAGACUAGUUAAAGAAAACUAAAAGAACCUAAGAGAACAACAGUAUGUGUGUAUAUAUUAAAAACGUCCUUGGAAAUAAUAGCUACUAAUUACCAGGGUAAUGAUAUUAGCACUUUCUAAGCACUUCUUAUCAAUGUGUAAUGUUAGCAACAUCUUGCCUGUGUGCAGGGCAAAUGGAAAACUGUGUAUGUCUUUUGCCGAAAUACUAAUGAUUUCUGUGAAAAUGCAAUAGGGUUACAGGAGACAAUCAUUUAUGCUUAAGGAAGGAAGGCGUCAUUCCUAACUGUACGCACAUGUUGCUGGUGUAGAGCUAAAUUCCCGGGAAUGAAUGAAGAUGCAGCUUAUUGUACGUGCAGUCAGGGGGAGUGUGGUGGCACAAUCAUGGUGACCUGAAUUCGAAGCUUCCUCUGCCAGAGCUGAUGCUUGUCAGGUUCCCUGACCUCUGGUCCUGGUCUGUGACGGGCAUCUGCAGGCUCCUCUGAACUCGGGCCUCUUCUGGUGACUGGUUCUCAGAAUUGGAUUAAACCAGUAAGAUGUUAACUGCCAAUUCCUGCAGCAACUGAAAACAUCCACGAAUCACCUCCAUCACUUACAGCAGUUGGAGCGUUCUGACCAAAAAGUGCAAGGUGAGCAUUCUGAACCCUUGCCGGGACCUCCCGACUACAGUGUGGCGGGGGGUUGCAUGUUUUUCAGGUGGAGGAGUGCGAGGGCUCCCUUCUCAGCAGUUUCCAUCCCAAAUAACCCUUGGGAAGGGCCUGUGUUCCUGCACUUCGGUCCGAACUGGGAGGUGGACUGUGGUGCGGGUCUUGCUGCCUGCCCAGGCAGCAGGUGUGGUGGAGCUGAGUGGCAUGUUUCUCAGUGUCUCCAGGCUCAGCACCUCUGUCAGCAGGUCUCUCAAUGAUCCUGGCGUACCACGCACUUGGGUUCCCCCGGUGUGCCAGCAGACGAACUCUGGAGCGUUUUACAUGAUGGAUGUAGAAGCAGGCUGCAUGCUCCUUAAAAACAACCUUUAAUCCCCAAAGUUAUCAUCUUCUUUCUCCUUGUAAGUGAUAGUGACCAUUGUUUACAAGAACAGAAUGCGGUUAUUGGGAAGUUUAGUUGGAGAAAAGCGCCCAUAGUUCCCCUGGUUGUGAAGCAGCAGCUCACAUUUCCAUUUGGGAAAAGUAGCAAGGCUGCCUCAGGUACCUGUACUUUCUUUCUGUGUAGCCCAGAUUAAGAAAAUACAGUGUGAGGCUAAACUUGUAUUUCUGGAACCUUUUGAUCAGAUGAUACCCCAAAAGACCCCAGUGCACUCACUCCCCUGCCUCCAGGCAUCCACGGCCGUGUAAAGCUGAGGAGAGCAAGGUGGGUGCCGGGCUGCCGCCACGGGCUUAUGGCAAGAUGGGACUCUAUUCCGCAGUUGGCGGCGGCACUUAUGGAAGUCAUUAGUGGGAAUCAGUGGGAACAGUGUCUCCAACUUGGAAAUUCCUGUUUGGAUCUGAUUAUGUCAUUUAUCGUUCAUGCCUUGGGAGCAAAUUUUGGAGAAUAGUGGGGGUACCUGUUAUAAAAUAAUGGGAAGGAUUUAAUUUUGACAGCUUAAAUUUUUGGUUUUCUAACUUUGGAGUGAUUUAAGUUUCAAAAUUAAGGCAAAAAGUGGCUAAGGAUUUUCGCAGAGGGUAUUUUGUAGCACUUGUGUGCAUCUUACAUAGCGAGUUGCCUGUUUUUCUGUUCUUUUGACUUUGGAUGUAAGCAUGUCUGUUGAUCCUGUAGCAGCUCCCUGGGAACACGUAUUGUGUCACACAUCUUUCAGGUCUGAGCUCUCGGUGAUGGUGAAAAGGUCCACACUGGCCGGCUGCCCUGGGCGUCCUGUGUCUGUGAGGCUUUUACACUCAGGUUGCUAAGGUAUGAGGGCAGCUUAGCCAAGACCUAGACUGAAGUCUCUGCUGGGAACAGAAGGUGGUACCAGCAGGGAGCCAGUGAACACCUGGAUAAGCAUAUGCCCCACUCCAGCAGGACAGCUCGGGAGAAAAGCUGAUUCUAAGCUGGUCCUGCUCCCUGAGUCCCUUCACUGCUGAUGGCUGAUUCUAGUGGACCAUUUUGGGCUUUGAACACUCCUCAUUAGUUUCCUAGAUCCCCUUGGCCUUACUUUGAAGUGGACUUUUCCGUAAAAAUCAGCUCCACACUACCUGAAUUCUCGCCACUCCAGAUCAUCUCAAGCCUUUGACAGCAGGUCCAUUCUCUCUUGUCAAACUGGUUAAAAGAAACCCAGAGUCAAGAAUUAUUUAAAGAGAUUGCAAGUAAAUAUUUGGGCUCAACUUUGACCAGGCUUUUAACCCUUGUUAGUAGUUUUUGAAACUCUGAUUUAGUACAGUGAGACCAGCCCUGAGUAGUCUGCAUCUGAGUGAAAUAAGCCAGGAUCAGGAUUCUUUGCCACGAAAAUCCUGGCCCAGCCACCCCUCCCUCCGUGAGGAAAGUACCUAAGGGAGGUGGGGACAGACGUACACCACUGCUUCUUGACGAAGUGGGCUCUUUUCCAUCGGUAUUUCAGAUAAUGUUGGACAGUUAUCUAUUGAAAUUUGUGGAGUUCAUUACAUAUAAUCAUAAAACAGGACCGGAAGAGAUGUAGAAAAAGACCAAAUUACUCAAGCAAAUAUUUUCCAUGUUAUUCCUUGAAAGUAUUUUUAAGGAAGUAUGUUACCACCCUUCUGAUUUGUGUGUGUGUGUGUAUGUGUGUUUGGGGUGGGGCGGGGAGGCUACCUUAUUUAUUGUCUAACCUCUGCCUUGAGGCUGUGGUCAGGGUUCUUUUGUUGUUUGAGUUUUUAUAUUUAAUUUCAGGUGUAGUCACUUGUAAGAUGUUAUGUAAUCGCCCUCAAGAGGGAUCGUUUUCUAGCCUGUCAGCGUCAGUAUUAAAUGCAGACUCUCUCCCAAGGUGGUGGCAAUGGACACGGCUACCAAUGGCUCCCUGAUCGAUGUGGCGGCAGCACCCUCGCUGGGGCACAGGGCUGUAGCCACACUGCAUACUGGCUUUCUAGCUUGUUUGGGGGUAGCCACGGCAGGGAGCCAAGAACUAGAAGGGCUCUCGUUGUACAUAGUGCUCUUUAUCCUGAUCCUUUGAGGGAACACCAAGCAGAGCAGUCUUGCUCCCAGCCCGGCCCUCUGCCUGACAAGCAGCCUUUGGAUGGGGAUCCAAGUUCCAGGGCCUGAUCAGAUUAGAGCCUGGAAACGCAUUGCCCACUUUCCAGUGGAAGUGGCCUUAUGUGCAAUGGGGCUGAAGGUGACAUUACAACUCUUCUGAGUCCAGGUCAUGAAAGGCGGCAUCUUCUGAUGCUCACCUUUAUUUUGGAGGAUGGUGCCCUUCAAAGCCUGGAAAGGCCGGAGAAAGCAGGGCACACACUCACAUCCUUCACUGUCCCACUUCCAUUCUCCAUAGGUUGUGCGGCUCUUGGAAAAUGUCUUAACUUUGAUGUUAGAUUUGCAAAGCUAGCUCCGCAUCAUGACCGAGUGGGAUGAGUCUUUUGUACACAGAGUCCUGGGCCUCCUCACCUGUGCCUCCCACCAGCAGGCACUUCUGUGUGUUCAGCCCUGGGGUCCCUUCGGCGGCAUUGUGUGUGUACAGAUUUAUAGGCUUGUGUGACUGACUGAAUGUACAUGUGUUUAUACCUUCUCUAUAUGUACAGUGUAUAUAGCGUAUGUGUACAUAGAUGUAUAUAUUAUGUAUACAGACAUGUAGCCACGUAUCCAGACUUCCCUUUUGUUUUACAGAGAAUCUAUGAUAGAGUUUCUACAGUAAAUUGAUGUGGGUGUUCCAUGGUCCCCUCAGCAGGAUGGAUUUGCUGAGACUUUAACUCCAUUUUCCUUUGGGUGAGCCUGGCUGGGAAAGGCCCUGAGGUCAGUGUCCACUCUGCACCAGGGCAAGUUCCAGACAGAAAGGCCCUGGCAGGAUAACAUUGCUUUCUAUUCUCUAGGAAGCAUGAAUGUUGAUGGCUGAUUUCUAUGGUAUACAAAUUACAAAUCUUAAACUAUCUAACUGUAUAUAUAGCAUGUGAACGAAAUCCACUGACCUUAUUCCUUUCUAUGAAUUAUGAUUCUAAAAUUUUUAAAUUUCAGAUAAAAAUUGCAUUUUUAUACAGAUGUAUACCCUUAAAGCUACAAAUGCCAAAUCUUCCUUGUCCAGGUCUAUUCUGAGGAAUUUUCCCAUUAAUCGGGCUUUAACUGAGAUACAGCACUCAGGAGCCAGGGCCCAGCCCAGCAAUAGUUGCUCAUGCACCUGGUAAGCAGAGACCUGAAUGGUGGGAAGGUUGAAAGCUGGCCUGCUGAAAGAAAUCACUGGAUAACUGCAAAAACUCACGUAAUCCACAGGUUACUUUUUAAAAAAAAUAAGCUUACUGAAAUGUUUGAAAAUACUUCAUUGAGACCACAGUACUCGGUGCCUUUUGUGAGAUGGUGGGUCGUUUAGCCUUCAGCUUCCCAUAGCUUUGAUGUGACAAAAGCUCCUGCUACUUCACUGGCCUCAUCCCACAGUGAUUGUUCGACCUUUCCCGUGUCCUUGCCUGUCGUGACAAUCGCACUAUUUGAACAUGGCUCUCCAGUUAAAACAAGUGGAAGCCUGACAGUCUCUAAAUGAAUCUUUAAAAGUGUUCCUUUGGGGCUAUUUACCUUAACUUUAAUCUAAGAAUAAUUAAACUGUGAGUUUAAAAAAAGUAUCUUGGGGGUGAGGAAUGUCUGAGAUAUUUUUAAUGCCCAGCUAUACUUUCAGUUAAGAAGCCAAUAAUAAUUCUGAUAAUAAUGCUGGGAAAAAAGGCUCAGCAAUAUUUAUCGAUUGACAGACUGUGAUAAAGCUUAACACUUGGAUAACAAUUAGAAAUGGUAGUCUUUACAUUAAAAAUGGCUUUUCUUUAGGAAAGUGUAGUCAAUUAUCAUUUUAACAACCAGAGCACUCAUGGAUUCUAAAUGCUGCUGCCACACACAACUCAAGUGCUGGAGUAUUUUUCUACACUCUCUCCGUUCUCCCAAUUAUCUUGUAAACCAGUGUCCAACUAGUUUUAUAACUGAAAACUGCACAUUUUCAUAGUACAAACCAUAGUUUUUACCUGUAGUUUGGAGCUGUCUGUUAAAAUGUAGCUGCACUACCAGCCCUUUCAAAAGAAGUGUGUUAAAGGAAAAUUUGGGUGUUAGAUUUUUGGGACCGUUUCUGUAACCUCUGCCCUUCACAAUAUAGAAAAUAUUGUUUAUGCCAUCACAUUUUAAUUCCAGGUUUAAAAUCUGUCGAAAGCUGUAUAGCUUGAAAUCAGCUUUGUUUAUGCGAUGGCAUUUAAAAAACAGCAUGUUCUUUUUAAACUGAAUUUUAUAUCUAAUCAAUGUCUUCAGUCUCGAAGAAUUUGCAUUGUUGUGUUUGUAUAUAGAGUAUUGCAGUGCAUGAGUUAGCUUUAUGCAUUUUAUUAAAUGCUGUUUCAAUGUGGCAUUAUUGUUGUGGCUUAAUACUACUACCUAAAAGAGGUUUAUACUAUUAAAGUGAAUUAAAAACUAA